UAAUUGUAUUUGAGUGCUCGUAUUUUCCUCGAGAUGACGUAGGUGCUCAACUGAAGAAUGAGUUGACAACAAUGCGCAUUUUGUUCCCGAAAAUGUUUGGUUGUGGAGAAAGCUCAAUCAAGCUUAACACCAAAUUCACUAUCCUGUUGGCCCUGUUUUUCAUCGUAGUGUUUCUGUUUCUAGUAAUACCCUCAAAGCACCAUAAAUUGCCUAAACUGGCUAUGAUAUAUGAGCCUACUGACUUCGCGAGACCUUUCAACCGAACGUACCCAUUCACUGCCCGGUUCAUAGACGAAGAGGGAAAUAUACAUAUGCGACUAGCACUCAUAUCAGAUCCAGAUACAAAGUCCAAACUAGAAGAGAAUACAUGGGUUUCCAAGUUACAGUUUGCAGAACUCAUUUUGGACUCGGAGUGGAAAACGGCGAAUUUGCUGCUGAAAGAGAAAUGUGACAUCCGCAAUCAGUACGCGUACAAGGGUCGCGGCUCUGAGUUUUCAGAACUGAUAGCAUUCAACGGUGAUCUAUACACUGUAGAUGACAGAACGGGCAUCAUCUACAGAUUCAUUGCAAAAUGUCCGGAUCCCGAGUUGAUUCCCUGGGUCAUCUUAUCGGACGGGCCUGGAAACAUGAACAAGGGCUUCAAAGCCGAGUGGUUGGCUGUCAAAGAUGAUGUAAUGUUUGUAGGGGGAAUGGGCAAGCCUUUUAGUGACCCGAUGACUGGCCAAGUUAUCAACAAUGACCCAAUGUAUGUAAAGGCAAUUUCACACACUGGACAGGUUCAACAUUUAGACUGGCGACAGAAUUACAGAAAUAUGUUGAAUUCAUUAUCACUGGCGCCCAGUGGUUACUUAUUGCACGAAGCGGCUGCCUGGUCCCAACAUCAUAAGCAGUGGUUCUUCCUACCGAGGAGAGAGUCGAGUGAAAUGUAUAAUGAGGUAGUCGAUGAAGAGAAAGGAACGAAUGUCGUUAUCAGAACGUCUUCCACUUUUUCAAACGUCAAAUACUCGCGACUACCGGCAGCACCCAUUAAGAAACGAGGCUUCUCGUCGUUUAAAUUUGUCCCACAUACAAACGACUUGAUUAUAAUUGGGAUCAAAACGAAAGAGUUCAAAGGAGAAGUGGCUUCGUAUGCAACAGUAUUCAAAACGAAUAUGGAUUUACUGAUGGAAGAGAUCGAAAUUUCGCCGACCGACAAGUUUGAAGGCGUAGAAUUUGUUUAGCCACCAUUCUUCUUAAUCUACCUCUGAAAUAUUCAGUAAUGAUGUUGCAAUCGCUUCAACGACCACGCAUAGUUCGGUUCAAUCUGUAUAUAGUUUUAAAUAACCCUGACCUUGAUACAUAUUACUCUCCAUCCAUUUUAAUAGCUCCUUCAUUUUGCUUUUUUGCUACCGACGAAGCCCUAUUAGUAAAUUAGAUGACAUAUAUUUUUUGAAAUUUGUUAGUGUUUUGAUUUUAGAAAGGGUUUGUAGAAUUUUUUGAAGCUUCAGUGUUUUGCUCGACUUCUAAACAUGAGGAUUAAAAAGU